ACAUCCUUCCCCAACCUGAGAUCCAUAACCCAAGUUUCUUCGUUAAUAUAGACUUUGGUACUGAACACGCCAUCUCAUUCACUUUUCUAAAACUGCACAUCAUGGUUCCCUGGCGAUGGCGACCAAAAAGCAUCUCGAAAGCACCCGCGCCUAUCAAAACAGAGGAUACAGCGAAAGACAGCGCGAUCGUUCAAGUACAAGACCAGUUCCAGCGCCAUGAGAUAACGAAGACACAUCCCGAACGACAAUCAGCAUUGUUACUCCACGCAAUACGUCAACCAUACGAGGUGGCUAUCGACCACGCUGUUCCCGAGGUACAAGACGACACAGAACUGCUGGUUAAGGUCACUGCUGCUGGGCUGAAUCCCAUAGACUGGAAGUCACCCGACUUCAACUUCGGUGUCCCUGUCUUUCCCUUUAUAUCCGGUCGCGAAUUGUCUGGUGUAGUCGUUAAGGCGCCAAAAUCACCAAAUUCUCGUAUACGCGAAGGCGACAUCGUGACGAUACCUUCGACCGACUACAGAGAUCUGCGUAAAGCUGCAUUUCAAGAAUACAGCAUUGCCUCGUCAUUUAAUACCAUACGACUCCCGCACAACGUUUCGGCAGAGUCCGGAAGUAUCCUGGGCGUGGCCUUCGUAUCUGCAGUGCUAGCAUUGGGUAUAUGCAUGGGAGUCAGCUUCGAGGGUAUUGAGAAUGGGCCAGAUCUUCUGGAAAUUGUGCGCAAUAUCGACCCCGAAAGACUGCCCAUAGACAUCAGGAAGGAAUGUCUCGAAAACAUCAGCAACGCUGAUCGGGCGAAGGCCGGAGACUACAUCAUCAUUUGGGGCGGCAGCUCUACGAGUGCGCACCUUACAAAACAAAUUGCAAGAUUGGCAGGCCUGAAGAUCGUGUCAAUAGUCGACAACGCGAAACAUGGAAUACGGCUGUCCUCGAAUGCAGCCACACGCCCUGAUCUGCUCGUAGAUUCGCACGACCCCGAAAGAGCGAUCGAUAUCAUCAAGCGAGCAACCGGGGAUAACGCCCGUUUCGGUUUUGAUACCGUGGGAAAAGAAUCUGCUGCUCACCUUCUACGUUCACUGGUUUCUUCAACUUCUCCAAUUGCCUCAUUACCGAAAGACGCACAGAAUUACGAACGCAAAGACUCAAAGCUGCCAACGCCACCAUCCACACCCCUGGAGCCUGCCGAAGAUGCUCCACGGUCACAUUUGGUUGGACUAACUGGGUUGCCAAAAACCGACAUUCCAGAAGAUGUGACUUUGCAUAACGUGCCCAUCAAGCUGUUCCACGAAGUCCCUGAAGUUGGCGAGGCGCUUAGUGCUUGGUGCGAGAGACUGCUUUUGAAGGGAUUGUUGGUCCCGCCGGAUGUUGUAGGGACAGUACAUGGGCUAGAUGCUAUCAACGAAGGUCUUGACAGAAUGAGGAGGAGGGAGAUUAGCGGGGGUCGACUUGUAGCUGUACUUCCGUAGAUAGUUCCUACAAAAGUCAUACAAAAUGAUGGGCGAUGGAGUAAAGGGUAUUUGUAUAGCACUCUGAGAGCAAUUUCUCUAAUUUUCUUGUUCACGUAAAUCGACAUGAGAUCUCAAAAAGGAAUCGCAGAAU